CCCCUUUGUUCUGUUCCCUGUGAGCCUCAGAUUGUGUUUGGAGGCUGGAACAGACUUGCGUAAAUCAUUGAGCAACCUCUCUCCUGUGAAAUCCUGAGCUCUCUACCUCUCUCUGUGUACAAUAGUGUUUCAGUCUCCUGUUUCUACUUCUGUUUGGCGGUUCAGGGUAAUGAAGAUAAAAUGCACCUAAUAACCCAAAGCUUUCUUCUAUUUUUGUGGAUGCAUUCGCUGACCUACGUGAAAAGUCAAGACUGUACACUCCAACAGUUUUUAAAUGGCCCCCUGUAUGAUCAAAAUUUUGACACAAGCGGUAUGGCGGACAGCUACAGUGGUGGAAGACAAGUCAGAGUGGGCUGCAAUGUUGGCUUCAAUGGCUUUUUCAAACUGACCUGUGUCGAGGGAAAAUGGGAUUCCAAAGGCACAAUAUGUAAACCAAAAUCAUGUGGUCAUCCCGGCGAUUCCCCGUCUGCAGAUUUUCAUCUGGAAAAGGGAGACGAUUUUGUCUUUGGGUCACAGGUGAAAUACACCUGCCACAAAGGUUAUCAAAUGGUCAGUCGCAUAAACUACCGGCGUUGCAUGGCUGAAGGCUGGGAUGGUAAUGUUCCUGUAUGUGAAGCGCAACAGUGUCCACUAAUCAAUGUGGACAGUAAUGUCCUUGUGAAUGGGGACAUAGAGGAAGCUACCUUUGGCAAUGUAGUUCGAUUCAGCUGCAAGUUCAACUCUGAAGUGAUGAUUGGGCCAACAGAGAUCUAUUGUGAUGAAAAUGGAGAGUGGGAAGGCCAAGUGCCAAAAUGCAAAGAGAUAAAAUGUAUAGCACCCGAGAUUGAAAAUGGUGAUGUGCUUGGAGAAAUCCAAGAGUACAAAGAAGAUCAAGUCCUGGAGUUUCGGUGUAAACCCUCAUUUAUACGCGCUGAAGCCAGAGAUUCAAAAUGCACAAAGCAAGGAGUAAGAGCCGAAUGGAGCCCCACACCUUUGUGUGAACCAAUAAAAUGUAAACUACAACUGCCAGCGCUGAAAGGAACCAGGUAUGAACCUGCUUAUAGAAACACGUUUUCACCUGGUGACGAAGUGACAGUAAAUUGUGGAGACAAAUACUGGAUUUCUAACCGUCAACGCACCUCAUUAGUAACUACAUGCAAAGAGGACGGAGAGUGGACUAUCAGACCGAUUUGCCAAGAGGUUACUUGCAGCAAACGAGGAGUCCCAGAUGUGACCUCAUGGAACUCCUGGAUGGAAACAUUCAAAUUGGGUGAGACAGAAGGUUACAGGUGUAAGAGAGGCUACAAGAGCAAAGAUGGCACCAAUAGGGCCAAAUGUACCCGAGAUGGAUGGCAACCAAAUCCACUUUGUCAAGUGAAAACAUGCAUUCGAAAGGUUUACGACAAUGCAGACAUUGACGGACUCUCCCUGAAUGAAUACGAAUACACUGAACAGGUCCGGUAUAUUUGCAACAAAGGUUAUGAGGGGCGUUUCAUUAUAACUUGCGGGGAAGACGGUUGGAGGGGAUAUUCACAAUGUAGAGAGGCAGAAAGACAGUGCAAGACACCUACAAUCGACUAUGCAGACAUUAUCGGCGUUGCAAAGGAAACUUACAGGCAAAAUGAACGCAUCCGGUAUGCAUGCAAGAACAAUGUUGAAAGACUCUUUACUGUUACCUGUAAAGAAAAUGGUUGGACUGGGAUUGAGAGCUGUUCAGCAUGUUCAAACGUCAUAGUCCCACAUGGAUUUUUUGUCGGGCCAUACAAUGACACUCUGUACUACUCCUGCGAAGACGGAUAUAAGUUUCCCACCAAGGCCUGGUGGGCUGAGGCCAAAUGCAAUGACAGCGUGUCGCCUGAACUUAAACAAUGCAUCGAGAAUACAAAGUGUGGAGAACUUCCUGUUAUUCCCAAUGGGGAAUUGAUAGAAUCACGCAGACAAGGAGAAAGCACCCAGGUUAAUUGUAAAGCAGGAUACCGCACUGAUGUCAGAUCCUUCACUUGUCGUGAUGGAAAAUGGCAUUCCAAUGGAAUACCACUCAAAAAAAUCUGUACACCUAUUGCCACUCCCUGCAGUCCCCCACCUAAAGUAGAGAAUGCAGUUGUUUUGACUCCAUAUCAGAAAGAGUACUUAUCUGAUUCGGAAGUUACCUAUAAGUGCCGUGAAAGCUAUACAGCGAAGGGAGAAACCACAAUUCAAUGCAGAGAUGGGCAAUGGGAGGAGAAGAACAUGGAGUGCACACAGAAGUCUCUGUUAGACUUUGUCACUGCACGGCUGCUCCUCAAAAUGCAAUUGUCUUUAUUCCUCUUCUUUCUCCAACUGUGGGGGAGUUUGGACGUUACCUUAUCACAGCAUGCAUGUUCAAAGCUCCCAGAUGUUCCUAAUGCCCAUGUGGAUGACGAGACCAAGAAAGUUGAGUACCAAGAAGGAAACGUGAUACAUUUCACUUGUGAAACUGGUUAUAUAUCAGGUCUAACCAUCAGAUACGUAUGCACAAUCAAAGGCUGGAUUGCAAUCCGUGAAGGAGGGUGUCACUUAAAGCCAUGUGAACUUCCGGACGAGACUCCCAAUGGCUUCUAUGAAAUUAUCCGUGGGAAGGAGCUUGUUUUUGGAUCAAUAAUUAAAUACUUUUGUAAUGAAGGAUAUCACAUGGUGAGUAAGGAGGACACCAGGACUUGUUUGCUGGAUAAUUGGACCAAUCACUUGCCAAUAUGUGAUUCUUUGAGCUGCGAUCCCCCGCCUGCAGACGGAGGGUUAACAGUAAAAGGUAUUCCAGAAAAUGACGACCCCAUACUUCCUGACCGCUUCCUGGAAUUCAUCUGUGAUGGUCCUGGGAAAUAUCUGAAUGGCAGUUCGUGGCUGACAUGUGGUAAAGACGGAAAGUGGGACAAUGCAUUCCCAACUUGUGAAGACAUCACUUGCGAAGUUCAAGAGUUGUCCCUUCAUCUCAAUGUAGCUGGACUAGCUACAGCUAAUAAAACAAUAAAGGUUGGACAUAAAUUACACUUUCAAUGCGAGGGUGAAUAUGCAAUAGAUGGCCCUGAAGAAAUCACAUGUUUACAAAAUGGCCAGUGGAAUGCCCCAUUUCCAACUUGUGCUGAGAAAUGCAAAGUCACGGGUGUAUCUACAAGUGUAAUCGUCACCUCACACCAACAACAAAAGCAACUAAAAAAAGGACAAAAGUUGACGUUUAGAUGCCGUAAUACUGCAGACACUCUUCGGGGGAAUGCAGAAGUGAAAUGUUUAGAAAACGGACAGUGGAGUGCUCCCUUCCCAACAUGCGGAGCUCCUUUGGGUUGUAGAACACCAACAUCCCUUGAAAAUGGAGACAUUGAAGGAACUCUUACACACGAGUACAGGCACGGAGCAAAGGUUAAAUACAUCUGUCAGAAUUACUACACCAUGCAGGGUGAUCCUUACAAAACCUGCAAAAAUGGCGAAUGGAUUGGACAAAUGACAUGCCUCAAACCCUGCACUGUGAAUAGCCAAGACAUGAGCACACAUAAUAUUGACUUCAGAUAUAGAGGUGACAAUAAACUUUAUUCAGCCCAUGACGAUGUAAUCGAGUUCAGGUGUACCGAAGGAGACCCAGACCGUAGAUGGAGCAUGCGUCAGAAAUGUAUUGAUGGUGUGAUGUUCCUGCCCACUUGUCAGUAUGCUGUCCAAGCAAUUUGGGAAUUUUUAGUAUUGCAAAGAGUGCGGUGUGUUGCAGUGCGACGUGCAUUGUACAAUCCCACUGGGCAGUCCAUGCUUUUAACCUCAGCGCUCCUUAAGGACUCAAACAACAACAUUACUCAAAGAAACAUGCUGUUGUCUGUAAUCCUCCUGCUUUUCCAACUGUGGGGGAAUGUGGAAGUUUCCUCAUCACAGAACGUAACUUUAGGUUGUGGGAGACCACCACCCCUUGCAGAUGGAGACAUCAAGGAAACUGUUCGAAUCCACUACAGGCACCUAGAAAGGGUUGAAUACAUCUGUCAGAAUUACUACGUCAAGGAGGGAGAGCCCUACAAAACCUGCAUCAAUGGUGAAUGGAUUGGACAGAUAAGAUGCCUCAAACCCUGCACUGUGAAUAGCCAAGACCUCAGCACACAUAAUAUUGGCUUCAAAUAUACACGUAACAAUAAACUGUAUUCAAUCCAUGACGAUGUAAUCGAGUUCAGGUGUACCAGAGGAAGCUCUGACGGCACAUUGAACAUGCGUCAGAGAUGUGUUGAUGGUGUGGUGCUGCUACCCACUUGCCAAUGAAGGGGUUAUUUUACUCAAAGUGACUGGCCUGAAUGGCUGAAUUAACAUGUAAUUACUAAAUAAAAGUACAAUAAUGGAGCAUAUAUGACUGACCUGAAUUGCUGUGCCUACUUCAGCUCUGUCCACUGUUGUAAAUUGUAAUAAAACAUCAAUCACUCUGUU